AUGAACAACUCCGAAGAGUACGUGUCGAGACGGAACAGCAGCAUGAACCCAUUAGCGGCCACUUUCACGCCUACGCUGCCCAAGUCGGGCUCACCCGAGUUUGCAGCUGCAGAGGAUACCACUACCAGGCCCUCCCCCCCUUCCCGACGCAACACCGUCGACUCCAGGACCAAUGAUGGCAUGGUGACAGGUCUUGGAAUCUCGUCUCCUACCGCCACAGCUGUCAACCCUCGCCUCUCAACACAACUACAAUACGACUCAAAGACUGCCUCGCCUAGCGUACUCCUGCGCAGCGAUCGUGCUACCUUCGAUACAUCUUUGACAGCGUCAUCCUCUGUCCCGCACAACAAUACUCUUGCGAGGACAGCAAGCGUCGUUGAUUUCGAUCCCGAAGUGUUCCGCGACAACCUGAUGCGCCAAAUCACCGACAGGCUAGAGACCGGGCUUGAUCGUCGCUUCAGCCAGCUGGCCUCGGCUCUCCCCACCCCUCACUCUCCCAUUGUCUCUGGUCAGCCCUCCACAGGAAAGACAUUCUCUCCUUCCGAUGCAGCCCUGUCUGUGAUGAUACCCGAAGAGGCGAACGUGGCCCAGCUUCGAUCCUUGUUGAAAGCCGCUAAUGCAGAGUUAGAGCGACUCAAGGACAAGAACCAGGAGUUGCAGGAGAACCAUCGCCGGCUGGAACGACAGCAUCUCGAGGCGACUCACCAGAUUGCACGCCUGCAAGAUUUGGAACGAGCCCAGUCAACCGUCUACUCCAGAACUCAUGGCGAUGCGUCGUCAACUUCUUUGGGUUCGCCGUCGAUAGAUGGGAGGGCAUUGGAUUCGGUAUCUUUGAGUGGCGGAUUCGGUCAGAGGAUCGGCGGUGGCGGUGUUCAGUCGUCGAGAGGAUCCCUCGCAGAGUCCAACCAAACCAUUCAGAGGUUAAUGAAGGAGGUCGCAGCCCUGACUUCGGAGCGAGAUGUGCUGAAAAUUCGAUCUUGGGAACUUGAGAAGAAGCCCUAUAUGCAGCAGCCUCCUUACCAUGACGUCCGAUCGACAGACUUUAUUGACCUCGAGAAUGAGCGUAACCGGCUGAUCGAGGAGUUGGGCCAAAAGACUGUGGCGAUGGAGGAUCUCUGGAACAAGAACGAGGCACUCAUGCUUCGGGCCACGGAGUACGAGAAGCGUGUCUGGGAGCUGGAGAGCCAGGUGACGGCUCUUGAGGCCGAAUGCGCUCUAUUGCCUAGGAUCCGUCUGGACCUUGUUGAGAUGGAAGCUAGAGCGGUGGCAGCAGACGCCUUGGUGGUCAAGUUGCAGGCGAUGGAGGGGCAGGCCGAGCUGGUUAAGAACUUGCAGGACCGCAUUCAGGAACUCGAGACGACCAAUGCCGUAUUGGAUCAUUCCAACUGGGAUCUGUCAGAGAAGUUGAACAUUGCCAACAACCAGCACGGAUUGCUGACAAGAGAGUUUGAGUCCUUCCGGUCCAAGGACAAGGACGACCGUCGUCUCGAGUUUUUGACCAACAGGAACCGUGAGCUGGAAGUUCAGCUGUCUGCCGAGCAGAACAAGGCCGCGCCAGACUAUAGGGACGAGUACGAGCGUGUUUCGUCGGAGUUGGAGAAGAUCAAAAUCCGCAUGCCUCAGCUCGAAGGUCAGUCCAAGCAGGUGGCCUUGCUUCGAUCCAAAACCUUGCAGUUGGAGAAGCAGAUCAAGACGAUGGAGCAGCUCGAGCCCCGGCUAGAGGAGAUGCAACAGCUUCAUGAGCGCAACUUGUUCUUAGAGGGAGAACUGGGAGAGCUGGAGCAGCUCCGUGCCCGCGAAAUGGAGCUGGAACAUGAACUCGAGGCUGCCAAGGCUCGCGUGGUCCAGUUGGAGACCCACAAGACGAGGAUGAACUCGUUCUCCGGUUUGAAGCAAUUGCAGACUCGCGCUCGGUCAGGCUCCGUCGCCCAACCCAUGGCGCCCUUUAUCCCACCUACAUUGGCUCAGCAACAACAACAACAGCAGCAGCAGGCUGUGCAGGAUGAGAGUGAUACUGAGGAAGAAAAGAAUCGUGGUGUAACUACAGUUAAGGAGGACUUGCGAAUCAGGACCAGCCAUGGACUGAGCCACCUUGCUCGGUCAUCCCAGUCGUUCACUACGACGACGGAGCCCGUCCUAUCUCCUAAGCGCGAGUUCCCCCCUACCCCAACCACAGCCUCGGCAUGGCCAUCGGGCAGGUCUAGUAUGAGCAUGAGCCACGCGUCGCACAGAAUGAGCACCAGCUCGAACACAAGCACCGUCCUUAGCCAUACCAGCAACAGCCCCAGCCUCCAGUGGCGAACCAGCCAAGCGACCUAUUCUUCUGCCCCCGUCAGCCCUAGCGAGUCUUUGUCACCUUCGAUUAUGUCGCUGUCGUCAUCGUCCUCGUCGACGCUGUCUGAUGAGGAAUCCACCCCUUGUAUUGAAAACAGCAAGGCUUCAUUGGUCGACGAACCAGAGUCGUUCCUUGGUCAUGCUAGUAAUGGAGACGUUGCCAUUGUAGGGCUCGCGCCCUCACCCCUUCUUCCCCCUACGUCCGUCGUCCACGUAGAUAUUUAA